AUGACGGCGAGUAAUCGGAUGAAAUUUAUUGCAUUAAUGGACGAGUUUAAUUUAGCAGAGAAAAUUAUGUUAAUUAUUUUUGCCAUUUGUACAAUUGUUGCCAACACUUUAGUUUUGGUAGUGACCUGGAGAGAAGCAAGUCUUCAUCAACCAAAUAAAUAUUUUGUUGCUUGUCUGGCUGUCGCUGAUCUUUUGGUUG